AUGGAUAACGAACCACAAGAAAGACUAUUCCGUCUACCUUUCAAAGUACCUACAUUCCAAGGGAUUAAGACCCUUGGUGUCUAUCUUUCCGGUAUAUUUUAUGCACUAGGGUUCUGGACCUUUCUCGAUGCUGUGUUAUAUUCCAAGCACGCCAAUGCAUCCGAUGUACAUGUCACUUUCAUUGAUUGGAUCCCAUUCAUUUGCAGUACGUUUGGUAUGCUGAUUGUGAGUUCCAUCGAGAAGAGUAGGCUAUUACAAGGAGAAUUGCAUGGGGAUUCCGCGAUGGGAUCCUCGUUAGGGGGUAUGGAUUCCCGGAUGGCAUGGCAAGCAAGAAGUAUAUUAUUCUUUGGGUUUUCAUUACUAGCAGGUGGACUAUCGGGUUCUAUUGUCGUUUUAAUCAUUAAGUUCUUGGUGAAGGAUUUUACCAGUUAUCCAACUGUGGGAAUGGGUGUGAAUAAUGUCUUAGGUAAUAUAUGUGUGUUACUAAGUUGUAUUAUUUUAUGGAUUGCACAGAAUGCGGAAGACGAAUAUUCAUAUUCUUUGACUCUAUAG